AUGGCUGCAUUCAGAAAAGCCCUGGAUUGUUUCCUGACCAAACUGAAGAGCCCAGCUGCACCCAUCGAGUCUGGGUCUGAACGGAGCCACCGGGAUAACAGCAGUGAACUGGAGACUCGCAUCAAGACCUUCAACAACGUCUUUGAAGUGAAGAACGCAAGGACGGAAAGUCCUUUAUUCAAAGCUGCAAGGCAAAAUGAUGUUGAAACUUUGAAGAGUUUAAUAGAGGACAAUAAUGUCGACCCACAUGAAAGAGGUGCUGUUGGUGAAACGGCUUUGCACGUGGCAUCACUGUAUAACAAUAAGGGCGCUGCAAUUGCAAUACUCAAUGCUUUCCCAUUCUUAGUAGAUGAACCGAUUGACUGCGAGAUGUAUAGAGGUGAAACUGCGCUGCACAUUGCGGUGGUGAAUCAGAAUGUGGAACUCAUUACGGAGCUGCUGGGAGUAAACGCAGAUAUAAAAUGUUCGCGUGCUGUAGGGACUUUUUUCACACCAGGAAGAGAAUGUCGGUGUUACUAUGGAGAAUAUGUUUUAUCCUUUGCGGCCUGCGUAGGAAACAAACAGAUAGUUAAGAUGCUGGUGGCACAUGGAGCACCUUUGAAUGCACAAGACACUCUAGGGAACACAGUUCUCCACAUGCUUGUUCUGCACACUGACAAGAGUAUGGCUUGCAAGAUGUACAACUUUAUUUCGUCGCUUAUUUCCAAAGAGAAUAUGGAGCACUUGGAGAACAUCACCAACAGCCAUGGACUCAACCCUAUGAAGUUAUCCGCGUACGAAGCAGAUGUGGAGAUGUUCAGUCAUUUCAUGAUGAAGAGGAGGCAGGUUUAUUGGGCUUUCGGGCCUGUAAGUUCCAGCUUGUACGACCUUACUGGAAUUGACACCUGGGGUGAUACAUUCUCUGUCCUUGAUAUCAUAUGCAGUAGCAAGAAGAAAGAGGCCCGGAAGCUGCUAAACAUUACUCCAGUGAGGGAGGUGCUCCACCACAAAUGGACUAACCAUGGCUUCAAGUUUUUUAUGCUGUGGACUACGCUUUACAUUUUGUAUCUCAUCAUGUUUACCCUUUGCUGUGUGUCCCGUCCUCUUACACCAGCUGGUGCCGGUGGGGACAACAUCACCAUCAUGGUUGUGAAGCCUCUCAACGAAGCUUAUCGAUCAGCCGAGGAUUUUGCUCGAUUGACGGGAGAAAUUUUCUCAGUUCUGGGAGCUGUUCUGAUCUUGUUCACCGAGAUACCCCGAUUAGUCAACGAAGGGCCCGUUAAAUAUUUUGGAAACACAGUGACCGGAGGUCCUUUUCACAUCACAAUGAUUGUAUAUGGCUGCCUUGUUCUAAUAACCAUGAUCCUAAGAGUCUUGAACCACGAAUGGGAAACGGUUAUAAUGGCGUACGCUUUGAUAAGUGCUUGGUGUAAUGUCAUUUACUUUGCCCGUGGAUUCAAGUUGCUCGGUCCUCUGUGCAUCAUGAUACAGAAGAUGAUCUUUGGUGACCUCAUGAGGUUUUGUUACGUUCUGAUAAUUGUCAUUAUAGGAUUUGGUGCAGGUUUCAAUGUUCACUUCCAAGCCUUGAAUCCACAUAUAUAUUCCUACUUCAAGGACUUUCCAAUCACUAUUUUCACAUUGUUUCAGCUGAUGAUGGGACUGACUGAACUUCAGGGGACACCUCACAUCAUGAUACCUGACAUUAUCAUUGUCCUUUACAUGGUCUACAUGUGUUUUGGCUUUCUUCUUCUCCUGAACCUUUUUAUUGCUUUAAUGGGAGACACUCAUUUCCGAGUGGUCAGUGAACGCAAGUCCUUGUGGAAAGCUCAGAUUGCCUCGACCACUCUGUUACUUGAGAGGAGACUCCCAGCGUGGCUGUGGGCUAGAACGGGAAUCCCAGGAGAUCUCCUGGGGCUCGAUGCAGGGAAAUGGUACUUAAGGCUGGAAGAAAAAAGUGACUACCAUAAGGCUAAGAUUAAAUCAGACGAGGAGGACAGGGAGGUGCAUCCAAGAAAAACUAGAAACGCCUGGAAAUUCAUCCACUCGAACAUUUCAAAAAGUCUUAAAAAGAGCACCAAAACGAGAGAUACGGCAACAUCGUAA